AUGGACCACAGUUCAGAGCCCCGCGAUGGAGACGCUCAAUCCGUUUUUAGCACAUACGAUGGCCCGGUGACACAGAUCAGGAUGGUGCCGCCAUCCUCCUCUGGUGGCUCGUCAUCCAGACGUCUGCACUCUCGCUCAACGGGCCAGAGGACCAACCAUGGGGCCGACGACUCACAACAGCUGGACCCGCCGCCGUCGCGGAGGGGCAGGAAGGGCAUGACGAUACAUUGGCCCUUCCAGAGCAUAGCCACAGACAACAUGUCCAUUUUCACCGCCAACGCACCGGAGCUGUUCCGCCGCGCCACCGUGCAGGUCCCCAAGAUCGGCGGCGACGGCUCCCGCAGCAGCCUGCGCGACAGCACGCUGAUCCCGGACUAUGUCGUCAACUACAUCCGCGGCGAGACCCCCGAGACGGUCGCGAGGCGCAAGCGCAACGGCGGCAACCAGGGCGCCCGCAACAUCGACAUCGUCCACCAGCACCGCCCGCAGCAGUCACACAUGGUCCUGCUCGAGGGCGUGCAGGAGCAUAGGUCACGCAGGGCGCACGACGGAAUGUCCCAGACCACCGCCUCGUCCACCAUGACCGAGCUGCAGAUGAUCCUGCCCUCCGCCAACGAGAAGCCCAGGAAGAGGAGGAGGCUGAUGACCGGGUGGAGGCUGGGCGUCGUGCUGAACGCCCUCCUCGCCUUCGUCAUCCUGGUCAUAGGCUUCGUGUGCCUGGUGUACGCCGGCACGGCGAUUGCCAUACUGGUUGGGGAUAUGAACCUGUUCACGGGGUCGUGCGCAGACGUGGCCUCGCUCGAUUGGCGCCUGCACGCGCUGAUCAACGUCCUGGUGGUGAUUCUGAUUGUGGGCGCAAACUACGUGUUCCAGGUCCUGAGCAGCCCAACCCGGUCGGAGAUAGCUGUGGCGCACGAGGGCAGGCGGUGGUUGGAGAUCGGCGUUCCGUCGUUGCGGAACUUCAGACACAUUGGGAAGGGAAGGGUCGUCCUGGCCAGCAUCCUGCUGACCGUGGCUGUUUUGACCCAAGUAAUAUAUAAUUCCGUAAUAUUCACCACACAAGCCGGCCUGAGCUACAACCUGAUCGCCGUCACCGAGUCCUUCCUCACCGGCGCGUCGUUCAGCAAUGGAACCGACAACAACGCCGGUGGUCUCAGCCGCAACGAACUGCUCAUGCUCCAAAAUCUCGCCAGCCGGAACGACCUCACAAACCUCACCACUAGCGAGUGUGUCGACCUCUUCAGCGGGGUCUUCAACACCGACUUCCAAAACGUCCUCCUCGUGGUCAACGACGGCCCCAAUUCGGGCAACUCCCUCGUGGAGACCGCGCAGGCAGGCAUCAACCUCCAGACCGGCAACAACAUGUCCACCACCAUCACAAACGCCGAGAUCUUCUUCGACGGGGCUCUCGUCCAGUUCUGUCUCGCACAGCCGAGCGAGGCGGCACAGGAGACGUGCACGCUGCAGCUCAAUGGCAUCCUCAUGGUCGUCGUCGUCGGCCUCAACCUCGUCACCCUCGUCCUCACCGCCGUGGUCCUAGUCCUGCGCCGCUUCGAGCCACUGGUCACGCUCGGGGACGCCAUUUCGUCCUUCCUCCGGGACCCGGACCCGUCGACGCGCAAGAACUGCCUCCUGUCCAAGAAGAACCUCCGCACCGGCAUGGGCGGCUGGGGUUUCACCGACGGCAAGUACUGGGCGCCGGAGCGGGACCACUUCUGGUUCCGGUCGCCGUCGCUCCCCAACUGGCUGGGCGCCGCCUUCUGGUGGCUCGCGUGCGUCAUCUUCGCCGCGGGCGUCCUUGCGCUCACCGUCGCCUCCCAGCCGUCGUCGCACCCGCUGUCGCCCUUCGGCGUCGCGAGCCCCCACUCCACGUACCUCCUCCCGGCCUCGUCGGCGUCCUCUAUCCCCGCCGGCUCGCUCGCCAUCGUCACCGCCCUGCCACAGAUCCUGCUCGCGGGGCUGUACUUCACCACCAACGCCCUCCUGACCGCCUACUUCCUCUCGCGCGAGAGCAGCCUCCACGCCGUCCUGUCCGCCAACCAGCGCCGGCCCCUGCGCGUCUCGUCCGACCCGGAGGGCCACCAGACCACCAGCCUGUACAUGACGCUGCCGCGCCCCGUGAGCUGGGGCCUGGCCGUCUUCUUCGCGGCCAUGGGCUUCGUGCUGAGCCAGGCGUGCUUCGUCGUCUCGCUCACGGCGAGCGCGGCCCCGGACCCCUCGGACGCGGACGCGGACGCCUCGCCGCAGCACCUGCUGGGCGUGGGCUUUAGCGGCGUCGCCCUCGCCAUCCUUCUCGCCAUGCUCGUGGUGCUGUUCCUCGCGGCCGCGGGCGCCGGGUUCCUCCGCGCCCCCGCCGUCACCAUGGCCGACGGCCGCACCGUCGGCAACCCGCUCGUCUUCGAGGGCGGCUCCUGCAGCGCCGUCGUCAGCGCCCGCUGCCACCGCGUGCCCCACGAGUCAGACGUCUACAAGCAGCCCGUCGGCUGGGGCGUCGUCCCCGAGACCCCCGGCGCCAGCGUCAGCCACGCGACAUACUCGGCCCGCGGGCUGGGCGAGCUGGACGCCACCAGGCGGUACGCGUGA